CCGGCCACAGCGGGAGGAGCCACACAGGAAGUGCCGGGGAGCCGGAGCUUCUUUCCGCGUCCAUGGAGUCCGCCGCUCUGCUGCUUCUGGUCCUCCUCCUCCGGGACCAGACCACUGCGCUCCUCCUCGCGGACCGGGACCGGAACUGUUCGGUGGUGGAGGUGGAUCCGUCCGCGGUGGUCCGCCGCGUGGACCCCCGCUUUCUGUCCGUCACCAUCGACGCGAGUCUGGCGUCAGAGGAAAAGUUCGUGUCCCUGCUGAGCUCUACGAAGAUCAGGACCCUGGCUAAAGCUUUGACGCCAUCUUUCCUGAGGUUCGGUGGGACGAGACAAGACUUCAUGGUGUUCAGCCCCCAGAAGGUCCAGCAGGACUUGGGUUCCUCAGCAGGUUCCUCAGCCAGGUGGCUCUUCAAUGGUUCCUCAGCAGAGGGCUCCUGUGAUCGGAUGGAGCUUCCCUUGUGGCUGGAGGACAAACUGAAGAGAGACUGGACUCAACAACUGCUGACCCUGAUGAGGGAAGAUCUGCAGGGGAAGUACAGGAGGGUGAAGUUCACAGGUAUCUUCUUAAAGGUCACAUGAUGUGUUCCCCGAUGGGGGUGUUGUAGGUUCUUAGUUGGAGGCCUGGCUCAGGUGUUCUGCAAGGCUCAAUGUCUGGACCACUUAUUUCAUUUCUGUAGGAGAUACUUUUACUUCAAAAGAACCGUGUUGAUACUUUUGCCUC